CAAAAUCCUCACUCGUGUUGCCCUCAACUUAAUUAGAUGUUUUUUUGGUGUUUGAGACUCAUUUUCUCAGAACUGUUCCAGCGCGUAUUUCACCACCUUCAUUCUAACAGUGAUUGUAGUCUGUGUAUCAGAAGCCGCUGAAUUCUGAUGAGCGGUUCAAUCGCCGUUUUGAUUUCAGAUCAAAAAGAGGAGAAGAAGGAGAGACGAAGCAGCAUCACAGCGGGCUCUGCCCUCGACAAAUCCAACGAACCCUUCAGCUGGGAAGAAUAUCUGAGAGAAACGUCCUCCAUUGCAGCGUCACCGACCUGCUUCAAACAGUCCAGAGUUCCUCCCUCCAAUGACUUCAAAGCAGGGAUGAAACUUGAGGCGCGGGACCCUCGCAACUCCAACUCGGUGUGCAUUGCCACGGUGAUGGGCAUGAUGGGAACCCGUCUGCGCCUGCGUCUGGACGGCAGCGACAACACCAAUGACUUCUGGCGGCUGGUCGACUCAUCGGACAUCCAGCCAAUAGGAACCUGCGAGAGGAACGGAGACAUGCUGCAGCCACCCCUUGGUUUCAGGAUGAAUGCAUCCUCAUGGCCCAUGUUCCUCCUGCGGACACUCAGUGGUGCAGAGAUGGCCCCCGCUUCUGCUUUUAAAAAGGAACCAGCCAGCCCUGCAAAAAACUACUUCCAGCCUGGUAUGAAGCUGGAGGCGGUGGACAGGAAGAACCCCUACUUGAUUUGUCCGGCCACAGUGGGGGAGGUCAGAGGUCAGGAGAUCUUCGUCAUGUUUGACGGCUGGCGAGGCGCCUUCGACUACUGGUGCCCGUUCGACUCCAGAGACAUCUUCCCCGUUGGCUGGUGCACCCUGACGAAACACAGCUUACAGCCACCCGGAAACUUCUUUACCCUCCCUGGUGCACUCCUCGCCCCUGUUUCUUCCUCCUCAGCUACACGUCGCUCCUCGUUCAACUCCUCCUCCUCCAUGCAGACUUCAUACCGACUGCCCAACCCCUUACCACCCCUCCCCGUUCGCAAGGGUGUCCGAGGUCGCCGUCCCAAAUCCCAGACUAUUGCUUUGUUGAAAGCAGCGGCCGAGGCUGCGGCGGCGGCAGCAGCAGUAAAUGGAGCAUCACAGAGCCCAGCCAGAACUAGCUCUGAGGCUCCACUGGCCCCCAGACCACACAAGAAGAGAGGGCCCAAGCCUAGGAACAAGAAGAAGGCUCGAGUGGUGCAGCCCCUGGGGGCAUCAUCAGUUACAGCUCCACCUCCUGAGACCAGACUGAGUGCCAGCCAUGUCUCAGUGGACAACAACCUUAGCAACAGCUCAAAUGUAGUUUGCACAGUGUGUGUUUAUGUGAACAAGCACGGUAACUAUGGUCCGCAUCUCGACCGAAAACUAGUGCAGCAGCUCCCGGAUCACUUUGGUCCAGCUCCAGUGAACGCAGUUCUCCAGCAGGCUGUUCAGGCAUGUGUGGACUGUACAUACCAGCCGUCUGUGCUGCUGUCGUUUCUACAGAGCCAGUCCCACACAGGAGGGGAGGUCAUCAGAGUGCGGUCGGAACAUGGUAUCCGCUAUGUGAAGCUGCCCUCCGCCUCCAGUGCAUCCUCCGUGCUGCGGUUCCUGGAGAACAUGUGCCAACAUCUGGAGAGUGACAGUCUGUUCAGCUCGCAGCCAUUUAGUCCCUACAGCAACAACACACGCUUCUACAACAGAGCUAAGUCAGAACCGUUGUCCCACGCAGAGAACGGCCUGUCCAAAGACGACUCCACGAAGGAUCCCACUCCCAGCACUCGGCCUCUUCACACCACAGCCGAUUACAGAGGAGCAAAGAGGGAACGGCCAUAUUACCCUGGACACACACAAACAACACCACCGCCACUACGACGAGUCAGCUCCAACCCGACUGACCCGAUGUGUACGCACAGACGAGUGGAGGCCAGCUCAACAACAGGUCCAGACCAUGUGAAACAGGACAAGGAGGGUUCAGGAAACAACGCGUCUUCUUGGUCAGUUGAUGAUGUCAUUCGGUUUGUGCAAGAAGCUGAUCCCCAAACUCUCGGCCCGCACGUUGAACUGUUCAGAAAACACGAGAUCGACGGCAAGGCGCUGAUGCUGCUGCGAAGCGAUGUCAUUAUGAAGUACAUGGGACUGAAGCUGGGCCCGGCGCUCAAACUUUGCCACCACAUCGAGAAGCUGAAACAGACCAAACAGUAGAGGAUGAAGGCACUCUCCUUUCCCACUGGCGACACACACAAACACGUAUUAUUCUACAGGGACGCGGUGCAGUGUAAAUCCACCUGAACCGGGGUCGCAGCUGCCAGUGAGGACACCGAGGUCAGGUCCCCGGUACUUUUUUUUUGUAAAUUCUGAGGUUUUAGCAACAUAAAGACAGUUUCCACGUUUUGAUCUAAUACAUGGAUGGGUAUUGUAUGAACUGAGGCCAACAAGGAUUUCAGCAGCAUUCCACAGAAUUUUAUUUCUGACGAUGUGAAGAGGACUGUAAAGCAACAUUUAGACCUUCAUGUUGGGAAAAUUUAUAAAAAAAAAAAGAAAAAGAAAAAAAAAGUCUAAUUAAACAAUAAUGUAAAACAUUGAGUAAUUAAAAGAAAAAAGAUUUUACUUCAGUAAAAUCCUGGUGACUGUCCAGACCUGAACAUAUAUUUUUGUUUCAUAUAUACACCACAGUUUCAAGCAGAUACAUAGUACACAAAAUCAACACUUGCAUAGCUGUAAUUGUUAUCAGAUAUCUGAGCAUAGGUAUGAAUUUUGUUCACGUUUGUGUCUUUUUGCCUUAUUAGAAAUAACUGGAGGCCAUAAUUUAUCAAACUUUAUCAAUUUACCUCUACAUUUCCACUUUAACACACACAUAGAAGUACACUGAAGGUUUUGCUAUUUUAACUUUUCAAAUGUCCAGCUGUUAAAACCGUUUUUGUCUCUGGUCAGAAUUUCAGGAUGUACGCGCUGCACUAAAGACUGGGAAAGUCAGUUCAGGUACUGGCAGUGAACGUUUCGCUGCCCCGUUUCUAACAAUGCAAUAACGUUUCUGAAUGGCCGCGUCUGUUAUGGACCGUCAAAUUUGGUUUAUGCAUGCCAGUGAAUGUAUGAAUUCAUGAGCAUUGUUGCUGAGAGGUACUAAACGACAGAAGCGCCUCGCUUAUGUGAACGAAAGGAACUGAAGGGUUUCAUUCCAAAAUGUUGGAGAAGUCUUGUUCCCUGAAGUCAGUCAUUGCAUAAAUAUUUCCUAUUCUUAUGUCAUCAGAUGCUUAAGUUGUUGACAAAGAUCAUAAAUUAACUUUGGCAGAGAGUGGGCACCAAUUUUAUUCUUUUGGUGGCUGUGUUGUUUUGGAAGAAAACCUUUAAUCGGAUGUGAAUCUGCAGUGCAGGCUGUAGAUGUAGGAAAACAGUUACUCAAGAGUUGUUUUUCUUUUAUUACUCUGUCUGUAUGCUGGAAGACAUUCAAGCUGAACAGUCUCAGCUUGAGCACUGAUGUGGCUACAUGAUUGUAUUAUGCUUUGACAGUCACACUAUCCAAUGCACACACAUACACAACAUGUCCACAUACAAUGACUGGAAAACUGUAAGUGUUUUGAAAUCAGAAUAAAACCAACGGAAUUGAAGUUUGAGUGCUGUACAGGAAGGUGAAGUGUUCUUUCCCGAGAGAGUACACAAUGGAGAAGCUUUUUUGUAUAAAGUUAAGCUAAAAGGUUGUUUUUGUUUUUUUUUUAAAUAUCAUUUUGUACUGUAACAAAGUGUAUCAACCUGUAUCAAGCGUAAGUGUAAUCAGUUUUUUUCUGCCUGAAAUAGUUUUUGUGUGCACCAUCAAAUAACUACCUACAGGAUGAUAUUGUGUCUGAGUAAUUAUUCACAUGUCUCAAAGUAUUUAUCUGUUUUCGAUGGCAGAAAUAAUCCAUUUUCUGAACAUUUCAGAAUCAUUUUCAAACCAAAUCAUGUCUGUUGUAGCUGCAUUUCACACUGUUGCUCUCCUGUAGUGGUAACAAGUUGAUACUUGAAACCGUCUUGCUUUAAUGUGAAACUCAGGUUUUAGUAAGGGUUGUUUCUUCUUAGAAGAUGUUUUACGUCAUUAGCAUUUUGUGUUCAUUACUACAACAUAGAGGGACUGCACAAUAACCAACUAUGUGUAUUUUUUAUGCCUUGUCAUCUGUCGCUCUGCAGCAUUUCAUGUGUAUAUAUAUGACUUUUUACUGUAAGUUCAACAAAAGAUGUUUGUUAAAUAUGUUUGAUAUGCGUUCACACAAUUAAACAUUUCUUUACAUCA